AUGGCGGGUUGCUGUCGGCCACCUCCAUCAAUUUCACUCGAAAAUGAAGUCUCCAACGUAGAUCUAGACGUCAGUGAUUCCCUCAAAGUCCCGAUCUCCGAGAACAAACAGAUCAUCAGUUUUCUUCAUAAUCAUCUCAUUCGAAUUAAUCCAGAUCCGGAAUUCGCCGAUCCCAUCACCGUUAGAUCCAUGCCCUUGAAGCGGGUUACAUGCUGCGACUUCCGUCCGGUCGACCGCCGCCUUAUCUCCGUCAGAUCAAGAUUGCCUAAUCGUCCGAUCACCGAUAUUUUUUUUUUUGAGUUCUGA